UUCAGCGACCGUCAGCGAGCUGCGAAGGACUGCUUUUUAAUUACAAACACAACAAACUGCGAACACACACGGAUAAAAGAAAGAAAAGCGCAGGUAUCCAACGCGGAGGUGAAUGUCGAGGAGUAGUUUCGGAAGGCGAGCUCACCGGAGAGAGAAGGAAACAAAUUAAUUCAAGGGUAAUGCAGGGAAUUAAAUAGAGACUUAGGUUUCUGUGUGGCUACAAGUGUGUGCGGCUCUGCAGCCCAUCAGGAGAGCAGACGGAAAACUUGGGUCCCACUUUACUACUGACUUCAGCGUUCACGUCUGGAGAGGUAAUGUCUUGAAUCGGUGGCGUCUCCAGCCCAGUGAAGGACGUGCCAGUGCCGGGCUGCUGCUAAUGGGAACUCCAGCUGCGCCAUGAGUGCUCGUGAUGGCGUUGGUGGCGUCGGUGGCAUGGGCACCCUUGGCCGGCGGCAGCGCUUCGAGAACUCUGAGUUCACCGUUCGAAUCUACCCGGGUGCCCUGGCCGAGGGCACCAUCUACUGCCCGAUCAGCGCCCGCAAGACCACCACUGCCGCUGAGGCCAUCGAACGCGUCAUUGAACGCCUCCAGCUGGACCGCACCAGGUGUUAUGUUCUGGCCGAGGUGAAGGAGUUCGGCGGGGAGGAAUGGAUUCUGAACCCCUGUGACUGUCCCGUGCAGAGGAUGAUGCUCUGGCCCCGCGUGGCGCUAGAGCACCGCCCGCUGUCUGGCGGCGAGGAUUACCGCUUCCUCCUCAGGCAGAAGAACCUGGACGGCUCGAUCCACUAUGGCGGCAGCCUCCAGAUGUGGCUGCAGGUCACGGAGGAGCGCCGGCGAAUGGUGGAACGUGGACUGCUGCCACAGCCUGAAUCUCAGGGCGACCACGCAGAUCUGUGCCGCCUGCCGGAGCUCAACGAGCGCUCGCUGCUGGACAACCUGCGCUCGCGCUUCCGCCAGGAAAAGAUCUACACGUAUGUCGGAAGCAUCCUCAUCGUCAUUAACCCCUUCAAGUUCCUGCCCAUCUACAACCCCAAGUAUGUGAAGAUGUAUGAUAAUCAUACACUGGGAAAUCUGGAGCCACAUAUUUACGCCGUGGCGGAUGUGGCGUACCACGCCAUGCUGCAGAGAGAGAGGAAUCAGUGCAUUGUCAUAUCCGGGGAGAGUGGCUCCGGGAAGACGCAAAGCACAAACUUUCUCAUUCACCAUCUGACCGCUCUCAGCCAGAAGGGUUUCGCCAGCGGAGUGGAGCAGAUCAUCUUGGGGGCGGGGCCAGUACUGGAGGCAUUUGGGAACGCGAAGACUGCCCACAAUAACAACUCCAGUCGCUUUGGCAAGUUCAUUCAGGUGAACUACCAGGAGAGCGGCACUGUGAGAGGAGCUUAUGUGGAGAAGUACCUGCUGGAGAAGUCGAGGCUGGUCUAUCAGGAGCACAAUGAGCGAAACUACCAUGUGUUUUACUACCUGCUGGCAGGAGCGAGUGAAGACGAGAGGAAAGCCUUUCACCUCAAGAAGCCUGAAGAAUACCAUUACCUCAGUCAGAUGACAAAGUCAACCCACCAACUGCACUGGGACAGUUACUGUGACAGUGAACCGGACUGCUUCACAGUGGAAGGAGAAGACCUGAAGCAUGACUUUGAGAGACUUCAGCUGGCCAUGGAGAUGGUGGGCUUCCUGCCUUCCACACGCAGACAGAUCUUUAGCCUGCUGUCGGCCAUCCUUCACCUGGGCAACAUCCGCUACAAGAGGAAAACCUACAGAGACGACUCCAUCGACAUCUGUAACCCCGAGGUGCUGCCCGUUGUCUCAGAGCUGCUGGAGGUCAAAGAAGAGAUGCUGUUUGAAGCUCUGACAACACGGAAGACAGUAACUGUCGGAGAGAAGCUGAUCGUUCCUUACAAACUUUCCGAGGCGGGUACGGUGCGAGACUCCAUGGCGAAGUCCCUGUACAGCGCUCUGUUUGACUGGAUCGUCUUCAGGAUCAACCACGCUCUGCUCAACAUCAAGGACCUGGAGGAGACCACCAAGAUCUUGUCCAUUGGAGUGCUCGACAUCUUUGGGUUUGAGGAUUACGAGAACAACAGCUUCGAACAGUUCUGCAUCAACUUUGCAAACGAACGUCUGCAGCACUACUUCAACCAGCACAUCUUCAAGCUCGAACAAGAGGAGUACCGGGUAGAGGGCAUUAGCUGGCACAACAUCGACUACAUCGACAACACAGGCUGCAUCAACCUGAUCAGCAAGAAGCCCACAGCCAUGUUCCACCUCCUGGACGAAGAGUGCAAUUUCCCUCAGGCCACCAACCAGACUCUGCUGGAUAAGUUCAAGCGGCAGCAUGAAGGGAACAGCUACAUCGAGUUCCCCGCUGUCAUGGAGCCCGCCUUCAUUAUCCGACACUACGCCGGCAAGGUCAAGUACGGGGUCAAGGACUUUAGGGAGAAGAACACGGACCACAUGCGCCCGGACAUCGUGGCGUUACUAAAGAGCAGCAAGAGCGGCUUCAUCUGCGGCCUGAUGGGCAUCGACCCGGCGGCCACUUUCCGCUGGGCGGUACUCCGAGCCUACUUCAGGGCCCUGGUGGCUUUCAGAGAGGCCGGCAAGAGACACACGCAGAAGAAGACUGGGCAUGAUGACGCUGCUCCCUGUGCAGUUUUGAAAAAAGUGGAUAGUUUUAGCUUUCUGCAGCACCCUGUGCAUCAGAGAAGCUUAGAGAUCCUGCAGAGAUGCAAAGAGGAGAAGUACACUCCUGAUGAGAGUGAAAGUGUUGUACAAAGUGAUGAAACUGAAAACGGUGUGACCAGAAAGAGUCCUCGUACGCCACUGUCUGACCUGCAGGGGAGCAACACCUUCAAUGAGAAGUCGCCACGGAGUUCUCCGGGCCUCGGCUGGAACGGGCGUGUGGGUCGACUGAGCCGCUUGUCAUCCAGCAGCUCCACCACAGAAGAAGACGGCAUCUUCGUCAACUCUGCCAGCAGCAAACUCCUCGAGAGAGCCCACGACAUCCUCAUGAGGAACAAAAACUACAAAUCUAAGCCAGCUCUCCCAAAGCAUUUACUGAACGUCAAGUCCCUGAAGUACCUGAGCAACCUGACGCUUCACGACCGCAUCACCAAGUCGCUGCUUCACCUCCACAAGAAGAAGAAACCACCCAGUAUCAGCGCACAGUUCCAGGCCUCCCUCAAUAAGCUAAUGGAGACUCUGGGUCAGUCUGAGCCUUAUUUUGUCAAGUGCAUCCGUUCCAAUGCUGAGAAGCUGCCCUUAAGGUUUAACGAUAACCUUGUGCUGAGGCAGCUGCGUUACACGGGCAUGCUGGAGACUGUGCGCAUCCGACAGUCGGGCUACAACAUCAAGUUCAGCUUCAAGGAUUUUGUCCAUCACUUCUCAGUGCUGCUCCAGGAGGGCACCAGUGCCACCAGGGAGAGCAUCCAGCAGAGUCUGGACCAGCUAGGCCUUGAGCCAGAUGGGUACCAAGUGGGAAAGACAAUGGUGUUUCUGCGCGAGGCCGAGCGUCAGCGGCUGCAGGCCGUACUCCACGCUGAAGUCCUCAGACGCAUCGUCACGCUGCAGCGGAGGUUCAGAGCACGGCUGGAGAGGAAACAGUUUGUCAGGAUGAGAGAAGCAGUGAUCUGCAUCCAGAAAUGGUGGCGUUUGUACCGGUCCAUAGAAGAGGCAGAGGAGGAUUAUGACCCCAGCGUCCAGGAGGGGGCAGCUCUGUGUCUGCAGACACACUGGCGAGGCUACAGGGAGCGCCACAGGUUUAGGCUGUGGAAGGAGGCUGCUGUGGUGCUGCAGAGGGCCUGGAGGUUGUGGCUCCACCGGCGCUGCACGGCAGCUCUGGUUAUCCAGACGGCCUGGCGCUGUCAUCGAGCCAGAGAAGCCUACUUGCAUCUGUAUGCCACUGUGGAGCAACUACAGGCCGUUAGCAGAGGCUUCCUCGCCAGGCAGAGCUUCAGAAAACUAAGAGAGCAGAGACUGAGGGAGAAGAAGGAGCAGCAGGAGAAGCUGCUUCAGCUGCAGAAUGGCCAGGUGAGUCUCUCACCAGAGGAAGAGGAGGAGUCGCCUGAGAGGAUCAUGGGGUUGGACCUCAGUACGUGGGAGGAUCGAUCCUAUGAGCAGCGAGAAAGGAGCCUGCAAGGCCUCAGCAGCCAGGAGGGCGCAGUGAAAGAGGAGGGAGAUGGAAGAGAACUGGCUCCAACAAAGGAGAGUCCUUCGAAAGUGAAAACUGAAGCACCAGAUUUGACCUCCACUGUGGUGGUGCGUGAGAGGUCCAGGACUGUGGACGAGCCCAGCCAGAAAACCACCCGGGCCAAGAGGGAGAGCCGGCGGAUGAGAGAGUUGGAGCAGGCCAAGUUCAGCCUGGAGCUCCUCAAGGUCCGGGCGACCAGCGGAGGAUCCUCGUCGCCAACCGAGGAGCGGCGCUGGUCCUUGGAGCUGGUGCCCCCUGCAACACCGCCUCUUCGCUCGCCCCAGGGCACGCCCGACAGCCAGAGCUCCAAAGGCAGCUUUGAGCUUCUCAGCAUGGACGACGAGCCACCCAAGGCCACAGAGGAGGUGACGGACAGCGAGGACCUCCUCUCCCCUGUUCCUCCAGUCGAUACAGAGCCUGAUGUGGAGGUUGUGUCAACCAGCCCGAUGCCAGUUGAACCACACUGGACAGCCGUUCCUGAUGCUGCUGCCCAGCCAUGCAGCCAGGAUAAGAUCACAGUGGAUCCAGCAGCCCCCUCUGCCCCAACACAUCCGCCCAAAAUUGAGAACUACCUCCCUACAUUUUACGUCCCAGCUGAGGGCAGCACAGUCGUCUCCCAUCGUCCCGCUGAAGAGCUCAAACAAACCACAGAGGCAUCCGUCUCUACAACCACCACGACCACCAUCACCAAGCCUCUCAAAGAACGACGCGAGUCAGCACGACGACCAGUAGUGGUGGUCAUCAGCAUGCAGAAAGAAACGCCGAUAAGUCAAGAGCUGAGCGAUAUCGUCCGUCCCCCUGUAGAGGUUCGAGACUCUGCGGCCCAAACGGGGGAGAAACCAGACCCAGCUCCCGUCCCCGUUUCUACCUCUGUCCCUCAGGCUGACCAGGCCGUCAUAGAGAAGCUGGUGCGACUGAACGAGGAGAAAGAGGUGAGGCAGCGUAACCAGCAGCAGCAGAACGAGAAGGAGAUGAUGGAGCAGAUCAGACAGCAGAAAGAAGCGCUGGAGCGGCAGCGGCUUUUCUUCGCUCAGUACGAGAGAGACAUGUUUGAGAAGCAGAGAGGAGAAGCUCUGCACCGGAUACAGCAGAGCAGACAGGCCGGACAGGACGCUGGAGGAGCCGCAACCUCCGUCAAGCCAGUCAGACCCAGCUCCCUGCUGAUCGAGAGGACAGCCGGGAUAGUUCCUCACGCCAGGACACAGUCAGAGUCCUCUGCCCCAUCAGAGCACUCUCAUCCAGGUGCCCCUCAGCCUCAGCUGCCUCCUCCACCUGCCUCUGCUCCCAGAGAGAGACGCAAGGAGAGCAGGCCUGCUCCUGAGGGCUGGGCACCCAAACUCACUCUGGAGUCUAAAGACGGAGGAGCAAUCAGAGCGAGAACAGCCGCCAAGAAGCCACAGAGCACUCAAGGCACCGCCAUUAGUAUGACGGACAAACCAAACAUCUUCUUCUCUCCAAAGGACAAAGUGACAUUUACAAAGUUUGACAAGGAUGCCAUCACUAAAGAGACACCUGCAGCUGUUCCCAGAGAUGUAGCAUCACCCAUCACUAAACCCUCUAAAGGAGCAAAAACACGCGAUGUCGGCAGAGCGGGCCAAAAAAAGAAAGCCAGAAUGGCACGGACCCGCUCCGACUUCCUCACCCGCGCCCCCAUCCUCUCAGUUGGGGGCGAUUCAGAGGAGGAUGAGUACGACGGCGACAGCCCCGUCAGCCCCCGCAGUUACACUCUGCCCCUCGCCAAACAGAGCUCCACGGAGGCGGGCUUAAGAGAGUCCUGUUUCAGUGACUCAGACAUGCCUGCAGCCUCUGAAGAGCAAAAGAAGAUGCACAAAGCCAUGUCCUCAGGAGAUUUGGUCAAAGUGGACUCGAUGCGCAAGAACUCACAAGAUGGAAGGGUUCGUAAGAUGCGUUUCUGGGGCAAGACAAAGUAUGGAGAUAAGAAGACGUCCAGAGAAAAGCUGAUCUGUGGGUCUGAUUCCCUGGAUGGAGACUAUGGAGACACCGGGCCGCUACUGGGAGACGGUCAGGAGAACAUGUCGCCGCCCUGCAGUCCCGACCUGACGCUGGACCAAGGGUUCAGAGACUUGAAGGAGAACAAGGAGCCGUCUCCUAAGGUAAAGCGACGGCGCAGCGUGAAGAUCAGCAGCGUGGCUUUGGAGCCCGCUCAGUGGCAGAACGACGCGCUGCAGAUUCUCACCUGCACCAACGACUACAGGAGCAUGAACGACUUCCUCAUGAAGAAGAUCAACGACUUGGACACAGAGGACAGUAAGAAGGACACCAUGGUGGACGUCGUCUUUAAAAAGGCUUUGAAGGAAUUCCGUCUGAACAUCUUUAACUCUUACUCCACAGCGCUUGCAAUGGACGAUGGUAAAAGCAUCCGCUACAAAGACCUGUACGCUCUGUUUGAGCACAUCCUGGAGAAGACGAUGCGGCAGGAGCAGAGGGACUGGAGGGAGUCUCCAGUCACAGUGUGGGUCAACACCUUCAAAGUUUUCCUUGAUGAGUUCAUGACUGAGUACAAACCCAUGGACAGCACCCUCAGCAAGCAGGUACCAAAACCUGAACGCAAAAAACGGAGGAAAAAGGACACCGACAUUGUGGAGGAACAUAAUGGACACAUCUUCAAGUCCACCCAGUACAGCAUCCCCACCUACUGUGAAUACUGUUCCUCUCUCAUCUGGAUGAUGGACCGCGCCUGUGUGUGCAAAUUGUGCCGGUACGCCUGCCACAGAAAAUGCUGCCAGAAGAUGACCACCAAAUGCAGCAAGAAGUUUGAUCCGGAGCUUUCCUCCAGACAGUUCGGAGUGGAAGUUUCUCGUCUGACUAACGACGAGAGGACGGUGCCCCUGGUGGUGGAGAAGCUGAUCAACUACAUUGAGAUGCACGGCCUCUACACAGAAGGAAUAUACAGAAAAUCUGGAUCCACCAACAAAAUUAAGGAGCUGAAGCAGGGACUCGACACAGAUGCUGACAGCAUGAAUCUGGACGACUACAACAUCCACGUUAUCGCAAGUGUUUUCAAGCAGUGGCUGAGGGACCUGCCAAAUCCUCUGAUGACAUUUGAGCUGUAUGAGGAGUUUAUACGUGGCAUGUGUUUGCAGGAUAAAAAGGAAACGAUCAGAGGAGUGUAUUCAGUUAUUGACCAGCUAAGCAGAACUCACCUAAACACCCUGGAGCGCCUCAUUUUUCAUCUUGUCAGGAUCGCCUUGCAAGAGGAAACAAACCGUAUGUCAGCGAACGCCCUAGCUAUAGUUUUUGCUCCCUGUAUCCUGCGCUGUCCAGACACCAUCGACCCGCUGCAGAGCGUCCAGGACAUCGGCAAGACCACAGCGUGUGUAGAACUUAUCAUUUGUGAACAGAUGAAUAAGUACAAAGUUCGGCUAAAGGACAUCAGCAGCCUGGAGUUUGCUGAGAACAAGGCCAAGUGCAGGCUGACCCUCAUUCGACGCUCGAUGAAACCCGUACUAAUAGCCGUUAGAUUUAUGAGCAUAGCGCGCACUAUGCAGACAAAUGCAGCUAAAAAGGGAAAAGGCCAUGUGCAGCGACUAAGCUACCACACGCCCUCGCCGCCAGUCAGUCCGCGGCUGCCCUCUGUCGCUGACCCUGUGAUAGAAGAGAGUGACGGCGAAGAGGGAGAGGAAUCGUUUUCCGAAAUCUCCGAGCAUCAGCAGGCAGCCAUGCAGCAGGAGGAGAGAGUGCUGACAGAGCAAAUUGAAAGCCUGCAGAAAGAGAAAGAGGAGCUGACUUUCGAGAUGCUGACUCUUGAGCCCCGAGCAUCAGAUGAUGAGACCUUGGAGUCGGAGGCUUCUAUCGGUACAGCUGACAGCUCUGAAAACCUCAACGUGGAUUCCGAGGGAACCAUUUCUGACUUCUCUGAGAGAGGUCCUGUGUUGACUUCCCCAUGGCCUCGGAGAGCGGACAUGACGAGCCCCAGACGCCGCGCUCUCCGCCGCCAGCCUGACUCCCUGGACUCUGUGGACUCCAGCUCCAGCAUUUCCUCCUACUCCUCCUCAUCACACUUCCACCCAUUAUCAGCUUCCUCCUCUACCACCACCCGUCGCUUUCGUUUCCACUCCAAGUCUCCCACCGCGGCCUCAGGUCAGGCUCAAGCUCAGGCUCAGGCUCAGGCCCAGGCCCCUGGCCCGGCCACGACACAGGCUCUGAAUGCGUCACAAACCUCCCGCUAUGACAGCAUAGACGGUAGCCCUACAGGAGAUCAGGAAGGUGCAUAUGAUGAAAGGCCUCAGUUUACCAGCCGAGGUACCUUCAAUGCAGAGAAGGGCAAACAGAAACUCAAAGGGGCCAAGCGAUCAACCCUGAGGCACUCCAGAGAUGGCAGUGGCCACGGCAGGGACCCUCCAGACAUACCGCAGCAGCUGGUAUUGUACGGCAGUAAUGAAUUCAUGGUAUGAAGGACACUGGGACACCAAAGCACUCCCUAUUAAACUCCCUGGCAAGCGUGUACUUUCUCAAUGAGAGAACUCCACUCCUCAAAGCACUCUUGCUUCGCCUUUCUUUGUUGAAGUCCGCAAAGAAGUGUCCCCAAGUGCCGUGUACAGUGUUUUCAGCUCCCGACGGGAGGAAAUGUUUGGCAGCAGGACAAGUAUCAGUGGAAAGGCUCUUCUUCUGUGGACUAAACUGCCACCCAUGCUCUCACAGUGCCUCGGCAGCUCUUUACUCUGCGCCAAGAGGAGACGCACUGAGCAGGAGAACGGGGAAAAGGGAAUGUUGGAAUAUUCGGAAGACCACUCAGCAUCAGGGAAUGUUACGGAGCUGGAAAGCUGAAGCAGUGUACUACAGUAAAUGAGGCAACAUCAGGCGCCACCGAUGUUACAGUGAACUUAAAGCUCACAAUUAUUAGCUGCUUUAUGAGUUUACAGAUCAUAACAAUCAGUGUAAGCAGUGGUUGCUCUGUUACUACAAAUUUAUUUUUCCCUUAUUUAAUAAAUUUUAAUGUCACAGAAAUUCUUUAUAGCGUAUAAUAUACAGGUAUAAAUACUGUACAAAGCCGGAACACCAGCCUCUGCUGGGUAGUUGAAGUCAAAUAUUUAUCUUUUUUUUUUUGAGUAUCUUUGGACAGAGAUGUACGGAUUUGGGCAGUGGAUGAUUUAUGUGUAUGUGUGCCCGGCGCUCAUGCGUGACUGUAUGUGUGUGUGAGAAAGAGACAAACCACUUCAUGUGUUUUAAGUUUGUGCUGCUUUUUUUCCCCCUCACAAGGGAAAUACCGCCAUCAAAGGGACCAAGUCAGCUGGUGUGUAUUCCAGCCAAAGGGGAUCCCAGCUCUGUAAAGAAUGUCGGACAUGUAUAAAAUCCCUGCAUUCACUGCUUAACAGCCAUACAACAAUUGUAAUGUACAGUACAGUUCAUAUGUACAGUAUAGUGGACAAAUGCCAUUCUAUUCUUGAAACCUAUUGUUACCCUCAUCCCCACUCCCACUCCCAUCCCCACCUCCUGUCUCUAAAGUGUUUGCUCAAUAGCAACCAAGAAAGAACAUAAAAACA